AUGGAGUCGCCAUCCCCUCCAUAUGCCGGUCAAAAGCGCAAAGUCACCGAAAUGAGCUCCUCCGACGAAGAGGAUGCGCGCCCGACCACCGGCUUUCGUGGCUUUGCCAGAGCCCGCGAUCGUUCCGAAUCUCCUGCUACUAUGGGAGGGCUAGGUAGCACAUCUCGCAACCCACGGAACAAUAUGUCAAACUCGAAUGCACCCCCGCGAGGUGGAGCACCCAGUCGCGGUGGAAAGGGUGGAGGCGGCAGCUCGUUCGCCGCGCGCAUGAUGGCGAAGAUGGGCUACAAAGAGGGACAGGGUCUAGGAACCACUGGACAAGGUAUUGUCAAUCCGAUUGAAGCACAAGCGCGCCCGACAGGUGCCGGCUUAGGUGCGGUCCGCGAGAAAACCAAACAAGCUCGCGAUGAGGAGCGCCGCGAAGCCGCGCGCAAAGGCGAGACGGUCGAAGACAGCUCCGACGAAGAAAAACGAAGACGGAAAACGAAGAAAAACGAACGCAAGACAGAAAGUCGGAGCGGUACGGGCACCCCGGUUGCGCGCGUCAAACCUCAAUUCCGUACGGCGCGAGAAAUAGAGACCGAUAUGGAAGGCUUGGAGGUGCCAAACGUUCUAAAAUCCCUUGUGGAUGCUACAGGCAAGGAACAACGAGUCCUGACCUCGACGGCCGGCUUGAUGACAUCACAAGGAUUUGUGAGCUCAGGAGAGGGUGAAGCUUUGAAGAUUGCUCGGCGUGCUCGCAACGACCUUGAAGCUUUCGCAGACGAGUGGAAAGGCUUGACGGAGCGGAAGAAGUUCAUUGAGAUCGAAGAGGCUCAGGUGGUCGAAGAAUUGGACGAAUAUCAAUCCCGAGUCGACCAUCUUACAGGAUUAAUUGCUGCUGUUCAGGAGCUGGACUUCUUUGAACAUGACGAAAGCAUCAUAUCUAAGUUCGAUGAGAUGACUGGCAAGCUCGAAGCUAUGGAAUUGAAGUACCGCGAUAUGAUGGAUGAAUACAAACUGGCAGAGGCGGCUGUUGCUGCCAUCCAUCCUCUAUUUCGGCAGGCCAUGGAGGAGUGGGAGCCACUACAGAACCCUACGUUCCUCGUUUCAAACCUCAGUCGUCUCCAGCCACUUCUAUCUCGCCAGAAUAAGAAAGGGGAAAUCCGACAACGUCAGUCAACUUCUCCAUAUGAGACCAUGAUUUAUUCGUUGUGGCUACCCCGAGUUCGCUCAGCAGUCAUGAAUGACUGGGAUGUUUAUGACCCUUCUACUGCAACAAACCUGGCAGUAGCCUGGAAACCAGUCAUACCGCCAUUUGUAUUCGCAAACCUACUAGACCAACUGGUGGUUCCCAAGCUCAGUGGGGCCUUGAAGCAAUGGAAAUCCCGAAGCAGUCGACGAAAUCCGUCUGAGCACGACGGACAAUUCCCGUGGUGGUUGUUCACAUGGCUACAGUACUUGGACGACCGACACACCAACCCCAGACAACCAACAGGUCUCAUGUCGGAUGCCAAGAGAAAGUUCCGCGUGGUUUUAGAUUCCUGGAGCCUGCGUCGGGGCCUCGUGAACGGCAUUGAGUUGUGGCGUGAUGCAUUAGGCACAGAGUUUGAUGUAUGCUUGCGCAAUCAUCUACUGCCUCGUCUUGCACGUCAUAUUCGCGAGGACUUUGUCGUGAACCCGCAAGACCAGGAUUUGACCACAUUAGAGGAUGUCUUACGCUGGAAGAACUUCUUCAAGCCUAAUGUCAUGGGCAUGCUGUUGGUCGCAGACUUCUUCCCGAAGUGGCAUGAGAUCUUGUACAUUUGGCUCACCAACGAUCCUAAUCACGAAGAAGUCGGUGAAUGGUUCUCAUGGUGGCAGACUCAAAUCCCGGCUGAAAUCAACGAUCUUGCGAUGAUCGCGCAGCGGCCGAAUUGCCGCGGCCCACACUCUCCCAUGCAGUCAACGCUUCCCACGCGAGAAGAUGCUGUGGCCGAGGCAGCAGCGGCAGCACCGGUUCCUCCGCAAGCCAAGCCCCAGGCGAGUAAAGAAGAACCCGCAUUCAAGGAUAUCGUGGAAAGCUGGUGCAUGGAGCAGGAACUCCUCAUUCGCCCAUUGCGAGAAGCACACCCAAAGAAUGGUCUACCUCUGUUUCGAAUCACGGCGAGCGUCACUGGAAGUGGUGGCGUUGUGGCAUAUUUGCAAGGAGACGUCGUCUGGGUUCAGAACAAGAAAGCCAAGGAUAUUUGGGAACCGAUGGGCUUGGAGGAUCAAUUGGUGGAGCGUGCCGAAGGCCGGUAG